UGUGGCUUUCGCUGCAGAUUCUAGGGCUGCGUCAGAUAGAGUGGACAGAAGAGGAGAGCAGGAUAAAAAGCUGACCUGUUGAAUGAGAGCAGAGGGUGCGGGUGCACGUGUGUGUGUGGCGGUCCUGCCUCUCGGAAUUUUUACUCGCUGUGUCCCCUGGCGCUUCACAAGUGAUGGAAAAAACCCUAAAGUGGCACUGAAAUGGAAGAUAGGGGAGAUAACGUGAAGGGACCAGUUUACAGGUUGUGAAGGAGGCCCUACUGAUGUUACUUGACCUAGGAAACAGAGCUUUCCCUGGGACAGCCCGUAUUCCCAGGUUUGGUGUGGAAAGACAGUCACUUGUCCUGCUCAUGACACUGUGGCCCUGAGAUUCAGUCUGUCUUCAGUGUAAGUGCUCUUCCCUCCCAUAUGGCCUGGCAGAUUUAGAAGAGUAUGAGGAGUGGAGUGUUGUCAGGAUGUUGAAACUGGAGAGUGGCAAUUGUAUUAGCACCAUUAGAAGGUCUUCCAAGACAUUUGGUGGGUUUUAGAGGCCAAGUAUCACUUCAAACAAUACAUCAAACAUUCAGUUGUACCUGAUUCUGUAUGUUGUCAUCUUGUGCACGCCUGAUCCCCACGACAGUCCGCCUGGUCAGUUCCACAACCUGCACUUCUCCCCAUUCCUUCAUGGAUUUGAAGGCUCUCCUUUCCUCCUUGAAUGACUUUGCAUCCCUCUCAUUUGCUGAGAGUUGGGACAAUGUUGGAUUACUGGUGGAACCCAGUCCCCCUCACAUGGUAAACACACUCUUCCUGACCAACGACUUGACUGAGGAAGUGAUGGAAGAGGCGCUGCAAAAGAAGGCAGAUCUCAUUCUCUCGUACCAUCCGCCUAUUUUCCGACCCAUGAAGCGCAUAACCUGGAAAACCUGGAAGGAACGCCUGGUGAUUCGAGCUCUGGAGAACAGAGUCGGUAUCUACUCUCCUCAUACAGCCUAUGAUGCUGCACCCCAGGGAGUCAACACCUGGUUGGCUAAAGGACUUGGAGUUUGUACUUCCAGGCCUAUACAUCCUUCCAAAGCUCUCAGCUAUCCCACAGAAGGAACUCACCGAGUAGAAUUCAGUAUUAACCAUGCCCAAGAUCUGGACAAAGUUAUAUCUGCGGUGAAAGGAAUUGUAGAUGUUUCUGUCACUUCUUUUCCUGCUAGGAUUGAUGAUGAGGAACAAACGCGCAUCAGUCUGAACUGUACUCAGAAGGCUUUGAUGCAGGUGGUGGCAUUUCUGUCCCAGAACAGACAACUUUAUCAGAAGACUGAAAUCCUGUCACUGGAAAAGCCUUUGCUUCUACACACUGGAAUGGGCCGGUUGUGCACACUGGAAGAAUCUGUCUCCUUGGCCACCAUGAUUGAGCGAAUCAAAAGACACCUGAAAUUAUCUCAUGUUCGCUUAGCUCUUGGGGCAGGGAGGACAUUAGAGUCCCAAGUCAGAGUCGUGGCCGUGUGUGCUGGUUCUGGGAGCAGCGUUCUACAGGGCGUAGAGGCCGACCUCUACCUCACAGGUGAGAUGUCCCAUCAUGAUGUUCUGGAUGCGGCUUCCCAGGGAAUAAAUAUCAUCCUUUGUGAACAUAGCAACAGCGAACGAGGCUUUCUUUCUGACCUUCGAGACAUGCUGGGAGCUCACUUGGAGAAUAAGAUUAACAUUAUCCUGUCAGAGACAGACAAGGACCCUCUUAGUGUCAUUUAACACCUACAGGAAUGUCAAGGUGACACAGUCUGAACCAGUUGGAUCCUAACUUGAGUGUGUAAUAUGAAGCACUCUGAGAUCCUGUCUCAGAAUGCAUUAUCUCCAGUUUAUCUGGUUCACCAAAUGUUCUGUAGUUCAUAAGGUGAACGCUGUAUUGCAGCUAUCAUAUUAAAAGAACACAUUCAUUAUAAACUCUUGGAAAGCUUGACUGAAG